AUGGAGAUCGCACUGGACUUGCUCUCUCGGGUCCGGGGCAACACUUACGUGACCGUAACCGUCGCUUUAUUGUCUCUGAUUGUCUUUUUCUACUUUAAUUACAGCACUCGGCCGCUCCGAGGUAUUCCCUACGUCGGGGGCCCAAAAUGGGACAUCCUCAACAUCAAGGCACAGUAUCGUUUCGUGACGGACUGUAAGAAUCUCAUCAAAGAGGGCCUCCAAAAGUACAAUGGACCGUUUCAGGUCAUUGGCUAUGUCCCCAUCACAGUCCUGCCCCCAAGAUAUGUCCCGCUUGUUAAGGAUCACCCAAACCUGGAUUUCGGGAAGUCUGCCGAGAUGAGGUUGUUUGGGCAAUACCCGGGCCUGGACUGGGCGCACAAGAUCAAUGAGAACCGUGUCUUCCAAGAGUCUCUGAGAAUUAACAUGACGCAAUAUCUCAAAUGGACGCCAUACACCAUUGGCAAAGACGCCGCAGAAAUGGGCGUUCGCCUCUCAACCCUUGUCUUCCUCGGCAAGAGAUUCUCAAAUAACAAGGAGUGGCUGUACAUUUGCACCCAGUACCCAGAAGGCGUCUGGGCCGCCAUCAGCGGCCUGCUAUCCACCCCCAAAUUCCUCCGUUCCAUUGUGUACCGCUUCCUACCCGGGAUCAUCGCCCUUAAAAAGCUCGGCGAGGUCGCAAAGACGCUCAUCCUUCCCGAGAUCGAGGAGCGGAGACGGCUGCGUGAUGCCGGGAUCGAUGUCAAGUUCAACGAUGCCCUAGAGUGGUAUUACAAGAACUCGAACAAGCGCGGUCAGGAGGAGGACUUUGACGCUGUCAGCGCCAUGAUCUCGCUCGCGUUUGCGUCCACGCAUACGACUGUUGAUUUACUGUGCAAUGUCCUGUAUGACCUGGCGGCCCACUCAGAGUGCAUCGGCCCGUUGAGGGAGGAGAUUGAUAGGGUCCUCGCCGAGGACGGAGGUUGGAAGAAGACGACGCUGUAUAAGAUGCGGCUGAUGGACAGCUUUUUGAAGGAGACGCAACGGAUGAACCCUGUUCAGCUGACGUCAAUGAACCGCUACGUCAAACAAACAACCAUCCUCUCAGACGGCACCCGCCUACCAAGGGGCUCACUCGUCUCCGUCUCACUGGAGGGCCUCCGCGACGCCUCGCAAUUCGCGGAGCCGGACGUCUUUGACGGAUUCCGCUUCGCGCGCAAGAGGCAGGAGUCGGGCCAGGAGAACCAGUGGCAGUUCACGUCGACGCGGAACGAGUUCCCCUCGUUUGGGCACGGGCAGUGGUCCUGCCCCGGUAGGUUCCUGGUUGCCAACGAGCUCAAAAUCUUUUUGGCGGAGUUGUUGUUGCGGUAUGAUGUCGGGUACCCUGCGGGUGUAACGCGGCCGCCGGGUGGGUGGUUUGCUAUGGAGAGCCAGGUGAAUAAGGAUACGCCGCUGGUGUUUAGGUUGAGGGAGAAGGUGUGAUGGCUCUUUACCGGGUUGAGGAUUCCGACCAGCUUUCAAGCCCCCUCCCCCCUUCUGUGGACUGGACGGUCGCGCGUUUGGUGAGAUCAGUGGCGGCAAUGUUCGAUUUAGAUUUGACUGCUUUUGUGGAGUCUUGCUGAACGAUGGUCCGUGUGAAAUGAAGAAUCGAAUCAGAAACGAACAACGCGAUG